AUGUCAAACUUCCAAGAGGUCAUCGAGGUGCCUCCCACCUUCCUGUCAAGCAUCGAAACCCAACCUCCCCCCAUCUACUUCCACCAUGUCAUCGACACCGAAACCGCCACCCUCAAGGUCAUGGUCCUAGGCGCCAACCUCACCUUCACCUUUACGCACAAGCGCGCACUAAAAGUCGUCAGACCAUCUCAAAUCGCGAAACAGCUCGAGAACAAGACUACUGGUUUCCUCGCCCUCGUUACACGUUCCCGCGAGAGAGUUGUCCUCGUGGCAGCAGAGUCUGGACACGGCGCAGGACGCUUUGGUGAUCUUUUGGAUCCGCAGAAGGGUGUGCUUAGAAACGACAUCUGGACUAGACGUGUCAUUGCCUUUGGAAAGACUCUCGGGUUACGCAUGAACCGCCCCUUUGAUGGUAUGGGUCGUGCGGCUGUCGCUAAGGUUGACGGAGUCUUUCUUGGCUCUCACGUCGAGGUCAAACUCGCAGUCCACGGUAUAUGCGUCCUGCUUAAUAUGUUUGGCAUCACGAAGGACUAUGACAACAUCACUGUCGAGCAACUUCAACGACUUCGAACUGCGCGCUGGGAGGAUGGGUCGCGACCAAUCUUUGAAGUCUACUUCUCUCGGAAGCAUUGUCAUCCUUGCAGAAGUUUGGUUCAGAAACUCUCUGAGAUGACAGGAGUGCCUAUUCGGCUCCUGUGGAAGCAUCGGCUUAUCCCCAAGACGUACGCUGUCACUUGCAAACCCUUAGGUCCACGAGCACGAGACGACCCUGAACCCGAGGUGAUGGUAUGUGACAGCCAAGACAUGGACUUUGGCGACGAAUUAUCCGAUGCAGAAACUAUCUCAGACGGCGAGCUUGAGACUAUUGACACAAUCGACCUCACAGAGGUUGAUCACUCAGAACAAAUCGACGCUUACAUCGACGGCCUGGCUUAUCGAGUUGGCCAGAUGCGAGAGUCCCCUGAAGGCGUGACGGCCGCUAUCGUCGAGUUCGCCGCCACAGUAAAGCGACAGAAGCAAAAAGCCGCCGACAUCCCCAAACCUCUCCCUGCGACGCCGGUCAUAGAAGAUCCAGCUCUUGCUAGGGAGCAACACACGUGGCCACCCGCACAACGAACAUUCUUCCCUGAUUCUCAGACACGAAAUGGUAGAGCGAAGAGUAGUUCGCCAUCUAUCGGUCGGGGACGUGUCCAGAAGCAAAAGGCUCCGAGACGACUGAACAUGAAGAUCCCGGAAACGAUUGUUCUGGAUAGGGAUAGUGAGCCACCGCGAAGAAAGUCUAGAAGCAAGUCCAAGGGCCGCCAGCGUCCGACUCGGGCUUUCUACUGA